UCGAUCAAUGACUACGUCCGACGCCCUUAUAAGCAACUAGACAUGCGCCGCACGGUGUCAGCCCACUCGCGUCCUCUUCGCUUGCCUCGUCCGACACAGCUUCUUCGCUGAAGCAACGAUGUUCGCCGUCCUGCAGCUCGCCCUCUUCACCGUCGCCGCCCUCGCAUCGCCUGCCCACCCCGCUGACCUCCUCGUAAACUCAGAUAUCACGCAGAGCCCGUUCACACGUCCGCCAGCAGCGUUCUACAGCCCUCUCGACAGCGGAGGCACCAUGUUCGACAACACCGGCAACGGCCUCGGAGAGCCUCUGAACGUCAUCAUCUCCGGCUUCAGCUCCCCGAAAGUUGUGGACAGCGGCCUCGACGGCAUCGUCAACUACGCCCGCGCAAUUGGCUUCUCCGAGGAGUGCCUCGACAUCCACCUCGGCUCCCCCUUCUCCGCCAACCUCGGCGACGGCAACGGCUGGGUGAACCAGACCAUCGAGCUCCGACAGGACUACGGCAGCUCGGAGAUCGGCACUUGCCUCGAGAGUCUCAUCGGCGGGAAUCACUUCAGGGUUUAUAUACAGAACGGUCCUGGGGCGGAUAGCGGCGCGCUGUUCCUCGCAGUAUCGAAGGAAGAGGAUGUCGAGACAGGACACGACAUCGUCCCCGACGGGUACAACAUCGGACGUGACCAGCUCGUCGCCCAUGCGAUAGGCCUGAAAUCCUUCGACGGCAUCUCGUACUACACCGUCGCGCAGAACGUCACGGGCCUGAUGCCCGCAGGGAGCGCAGGCGUCAACCACGGUAUCGCUGUGGACGGGAUCGUCACCUUGCUGACCGUCUCGGUGACCGAGAAGGCGGAGUGAUCACGAGGGGCGCGGGGCUUUGGGAGAAUAUUAAAUUGUGCAUUGACGGCUGUAGCGACCUGUUUCGAAAUUAUACCCCACCACCAUUGUAUUCCAUCCCAGCGGUUUCACAUUCACAACUGGUCUUGA